GCGAAACGCACGUUCCGGUCACCGCUCAGCCGCCCUAACUCAGCCUCACCGCGCUGCACCGCCGGCAUAACAAAACGCACGGUGCCCUUCCGAACACAGUGUCCACACCACAGUGUACGCACAUCGCCGCGCGUAUCACACACUGUGAAGAUAAUAAUUAAACAUUAGAAGGUAUCGUAUCACUGAAGCGGAGUGACUCAAAACACAGAAGGAUAAGUUCAAUUCGGUCGUGGUUUAAAUAAUGUGGUCGGGCACCCAGCCCGUGGGUGUCGUGGUGGCGAGUACUUAGUAGAAGAUGCGUGUGUUGGCGCGAGCGGUGUUAGGCAUGCGAGUGUGCUGUGUUACUGUGCUAGCGGCGCUGGCGCUACGCACCGCUGCAGAAUCAGCGCCGCGACGCUUUCCCACCGAGUGGCGCGCUGGACGUGAACUACAGAUCCGAUCACGACCACUCCAAGAAAUCUUCGAACCGGACUCUGGCACCGAAACAGAAACUUAUACGUCACAGCAUGAGAUGCAUAAGGAUCGACGCAGGAUGCGCAAUAAUAAACGUGCGCUACACAUCCCCGCGGAACUGGCCAGCCAAAUGAUGCUACGAGCUUCGCGAUCCGGCCGCCCCUAUGACGUUCCACAAAUUGAAUGCCCACCGGCUGCGGAUGGAAUGGAAAGAUUCGCAUGUCCCACUCCUGAUCGCCAGGGACGUUAUAGAUGCAUUGACGAUCAUGUUCUUUGCGACGGCUUCAUAGACUGCCCCAACGGGGAAGACGAAGACCGACAAGCAUGCAUGUUCUAUAAAACGACAAAAGCCCACUUGGAUGUCCUGGCCGAUGCGCUUUUGCGAUGGGCGCGCGGUCGCUAAAUCUCAUCCUACCCGGAAUCCGAUUCGCUAGUGCUGACUCUAUAUAUCCUACAGUACUACACGGACAGACUGACGUUUUAUUGAUCGGUAAUGUGAAAUCUCAUUCAGUAAAGCUGCGAACAUCCGACGUAUUCGGACGCAACCAGUCGUAUUAAUGAGGAUAUGCGUAUAAUGAAACAUAUCAAGUAGAAGUGCAUUCCGUCAGACAACCACGUGUUGUGUCAGAAAUUCGGCAGCGAGCUAUUUGGAUAUACGGUUCAUGUGCACCGUCAAAACGAAGGGACUUGGAGUAUUUGCGAAUAUACGUGAGAGUUGAUAAUGCGACCUGGUUUCGUCCCAAUAAUCUGUGCGCAGUUAUUAUAUUUUUUGUCUUAUUUCGUACCUUCUAGCACUUAUUUAACUAAAAUGUGAGACUGGUAGUCGACAUUGUUAGUCGGUAGAUCGUACAUAUACAUAAAUAAAUAUUUUAGAUUAAAUUGACUUCAUUUUGACUUACACUAAUGUUAUUAUGGAUUUGUUGAAGUAUUUAUUCGCUCUAUGCAUUGACUCUGAAUUAAGUUAUUACAUUCCUUAUUAGAGGGUUGUUGAAAGAAGAUUGAUAAGAACGUGUAAAUAGGGAAAUCUAAUGAACUAUUUGUGUUUGUUGUGUACUCGGCCUAUUUUUGGCAAAAGGCGUCUGUUUUCAAUAGUGACUUUGGAAGCAGUCGCCGAAAUUUAAGACUUAUGCUGUUUUAAUCGUAUCUUUUAAGGUAUUGUUUUAUUCACAAGUUUAUUAUAUAAGUUACCAAGAAAACAAGCCGUCAUCACUCAGGCAGCUAUUAAUAUAAAGAAUUAGAAAUCCUAAAGAAUCACUAUAUUAAUUAAUGUGUAUCGAUUAUAAAUUAUUAAUUAUGUAGAUUUUUUCAUACGAAUAAUAAUAGUAAAGCUCUGACUGAAUGAAUUGCACUAAACGUUUGCUACCAAUAGCCCAGAAAACUAAAAUAAAAUCGUAUAAAAAUAACCUACGUUGAACAUGGCCGUACUGUAUUAAGAUGUUUUGUUCAAAAGAAAUUCAUAAAAUAGAAAAGCAAACCAGGUAAACAUUUUAUUUUAUAAAGCAAAGUAAAAAGUGUCUGUUAUUUUUAACGAGAAUUCUUUGGUUCACUUAACAAGACCUUUAUUA